UUCUGUACCACAAGGAAGGGAUAAAAAGGCAGGAUUCGGGCGGGGCGCUAAUAUAUCUCCAGUUUUUGCCUUUUAAAAAGUGUUUUGGGUUUGUAAACUAGAGAUUCAAUGUCAGGCCGGGGAAAGCAGGGAGGUAAAGUGAGGGCAAAGGCCAAGUCUCGGUCUUCGCGAGCGGGGUUACAGUUCCCUGUAGGUCGUGUGCACCGACUGCUCCGUAAAGGUAAUUAUGCUGAGAGGGUCGGGGCUGGCGCUCCGGUCUACAUGGCCGCGGUGCUGGAGUAUCUGACCGCUGAAAUACUGGAGUUGGCUGGCAACGCUGCGCGAGACAACAAGAAGACCAGGAUCAUCCCCCGUCACCUGCAGCUCGCCAUCCGUAACGACGAGGAGCUCAACAAACUGUUGGGGAAAGUCACUAUUGCUCAGGGUGGUGUCCUGCCCAACAUCCAGGCUGUGCUACUGCCUAAAAAAACUGAGAGCCAUAAGGCGAAGAGCAAGUAAAAGUGACGGUAUAUUAAAUCAACCCAAAGGCUCUUUUCAGAGCCACCCACUGGAACAAAAAAAGAGACUGAUGAAGCUGUUUUACAAGCCGACCAACUGAUAAUGUAUACUUGCUCGCCCUUUCUCUCUAAAACAUUUUGUUGGCGGUGCUGACGUUUCCACAUAGUUGAAAUGGACCAAUACAGGAUACAGCGCGAAGGCAGCAUUUCUCCUGAAGCAAAUAUUCCCGCAUUCGCCGCCAUUUUCCAAAGCUGCAACAUGGAGAAUUAAUGAAUGUAUACAGAUGUAUUCAAAAGAUCAGGAGCACGCACGUGUUCCAGGAGACUAUAUUGUUUUCAUCCGCUCAAAAAUACUCAUAUUCUGAAUGCCUGGUAUUUUUUUCUGUAUUAACAAUACAUUUUCAGUGCUGAUUUUAAGUGGUUGCAGAGUGCCUGCCUGCUAAAAAAACAAGGGCUUUGUUUCUCCUCUCCUUUCCUCCCGCCCCCUGCCUGACGCCAUACAAGCGAAACAACUAUCCCUGCUGCAGCUGAUGUGGGAAAGGGUGAGACUAUCCAUUGAUUAUAUUAAAAUCAGGAAAAACCAGCAUGAAACUAUCAGUCAGAAUGCUGACUGACUUUGAAGACCAACAUGUAUGUCCUAUCAUAUCAAAAGCAGAUGAUUCUACGUUUUUUGCUUGUUUUUGUCUCAAUUCUGUUUCAAUUCCACCCUGCCAGUGACCAGGACAAAAAGAAUGGAAAGCCACAGGACACGCAUUUCCAGUUAAUUGUUCCUAAAUAAUGUUUUAUAUAUGGAUUUUUGUUGGCUACUUAUUGCAGCUGAUCAGUCA